AUGGAGAUGGUGUUGAAAAAAAAACGAGUUGUGUUGAAUGAGAGGAUCAUGGAGCCUUUUAAUGGAGUCAGAGCCACAAAUAAUGACCAAAAGAGUUCCUUGGAAGGAGAAUUACAGUCGCCAGUGGUUGUUGCUGCUAGUUCAAUUAGAGUUGUUGGUUUGGUGGCAGCGACAUUGUUUGUAUGCUAUUCGAAACAAAUGUGA